GAAAAUACACUCAUUGAGACUUUUUGUUAAGCACUUUCGAGUCUUUUGCUAACAAGAAGCUCCCAUCAAUUGAUUUGGUGACUGAGAGGUUCGAGAACUGAGGGAGUUAAAGAGAAGUCGAUUAACCCUUUCAGGAAGAAGAGUGUGUGAAGGAGGGGGAGAUAGAGAGAGCUUGUGAUGAGAGCAGAGAGAGUGUUCACAUUGGGGGAGAGAUGACGGCCGGAGAGUAUCAGGAUCUUCUUCUUUUUCAGAAGAGUUUGGGGAGAGUCCUGGUGAAGCCAGCAUUUUCCUGAGAGUGUGAGAAACUGCGACUGUAAUGUUAAUCCCUUUUUCUUUCAGGAUCUGGUCGUUGUGCUUUCAGGACGAACUGAGCAUCAUGGAGGAGAAUUUCCUGUUCCUCGAUUCUCUGGGUAAUUACUCGGCCGUUCCUGAUAGCAUGGCGAAACAAGAAUCAAUGAGAGAGCCGGGAGCUUGUGGUGCAAAGAUGAAACGGGAAGGUUCUGAAACCAGAAACUCAGGGUACGAGCUGUUCCGAUCUGGACGUUCCAGUCCCUCCCCUGAUAUUAUAGUGAAGAUUGAGCCAGACGAGGAGCCCUGUAUGUGGGAACAGAAACAAAAUGGAGAUAGAGAAAUGGGCCACAACACUGGCACAAUUAUACAGCAUCAGAUAGAUGGAGAUGACCUUCAGCUGGAGGAGUCUUCGCAGUCUCAGCAGCAGGCCGAACGAGAACGCCAGCGCAAUGUCCGAUUCUCUGAAGAGGAAAACGAUGUUCUAAUCAACAGCAUUAUGCCCCAUUACGACAGACUAUUUGGGAAAUUUGCAGCACGCAACUCGACUGCCGUGAAGAAUGCGCUUUGGAGAGAAAUUGUGUCAUCUGUUAAUGCCAUUUCUGCCUACCCCAGGUCAGUGCAAAACUGUAAGAAAAGAUACGCAGAUAUUAAGCGGAAAGUUAAAGACAAGCUGAGCAAAAUUGCCAAACAUCGGAGGGCCACAGGGGGUGGUGCUCCACUAAACAUCUCCUUCUGGCCUUACGAACGUGUGAUGGAAAAGAUGAUCUCCGCUGACAUUGUGGCAGGAGUCCCCGGUGCAACGGAUUCUGGGAGAAUGCUGGAUCAGUAUUUUGCAGGAGGACCCUCUGACCAUUAUAUGGUUGAUCUUCAUGACAGCCAGGAAGUUGAUGAUGAUGAGAUUGCAGAAGGUGAUGAAUUCCAAACUGUCACACAUGAUGACACCAAUGACCAAGAUUAUACAGAUGAUAAUCCUGACAUUGAAGAUGAAAGAUCAGUAUAUCAGGAGGACAUGACGAGAGAAAACAGACCAGAGCCAUCUAUGCUGAGAUCAACCCAAGACCAAAUCUCUAAUGUGAGGAAACAAACCAUAAGGGACCACACAACCUUGAUCUAUGCAGAGCAGAGCCAUUUCCGACGGACAAUGGCCAAAAAACUGGAUAUCUUGAAUAAUAACGUUAAAAUUUUGAACAGAAAUGUUAAAACGUUUCAGAAAUCGUUCAGUCAAAGCAUUGGCACCAUCUCUGAGACCAUGAAGCAGCAGAAUGUGAUCUUUGAGAAGCUGUCUUCUAACCUUUUACUUAUGGCAGAGCAGCAGCAACAGCACAAUCAACAGUGUAUGACUGGUCUGCAUCAAGUCCUCCAGUCCUCCAGGGAGUGCCCCUCAUCCCCCAGUGAAAGUCUGAGUGAAACGUCUUCGAUAGUGACCACGGAAUGUGUUGUUCCACUGGAAUUACAGGCAAGGAGAGGCACCCGCAGACACUGGAGGCGAGGACAAAGAGGCCACAAGCCUCCAGGUUCAGCAGAACAGAUGUCGAAAAAAAGCCGUCACUGACCAGGAACUGUAGCUGUUCUAUUUUAUCUAUAUACUGUUAUUACAGUGUUAGCUUUUAGUUUGGUUUAGUUUUGAUACUUUUGGAGAAAAAAAUAAAAUAAAAAAAUGCUAAACUCUUUUACGCUAUGAAAAUAAAUCUUUAUCAUUCCAGGUAUAAUAUGGUACUGGGUGAAGAUGGUAUUAGGUCAUUGAGUCCACAGCCACCACUAUAAACUUGUUCAGCUACACCUGGCUACCUUAAUAGGGCAGAAUUUCAAAGCUAGUUCUCUCUGUCAGUCUUUCCAUUGAGGUCCGUUACUGGGAUCCACAAUACACAUUUCAUUGGUUAUGUCCGGAUAUAUGCAAGGCUUGCUCCUCCACAUAGUGCUGUCUUUGGAAUGUAAUCAUCGGACUUGGCGUCAGGCGCAUGGAUGUGAAAUAACCGGCUAUAACGCAAAUCAAAUGGACUGUGAAAGGAUCUUACCAUUAAACAAUUAUCUGUCUGCCUUUCUACUGCAAGUAACCAGAAUCCAUUUUUAGUCUGCAAUGGUGCAGAAGAAACCUCUGAUUUUACUCCUAGUUGGCACAUUCUCUGUUAAUUUCAAAUCAUCACAUUGUGUUUUAAUAAUAAAUGUUAUUCUGUGUUA